CCCUCACCUCCCCCAUCUCACACACACACACACACCCCUCAAUCCAACACACUGACACACACCACCCCACCCCCAUAUUUGGACGGCGCAUACAUAGCUAAAAACGAAGUACAGUGCAACGCCAUAAUUCACUAAUACAUCAUAAAUCGUUGAAAGUACCCGCGUUAUAACGACCAAGAGAAAUCUAACAAAUCAAGCGCCCCUUAGUACUCAACUGUAAGCCUGCAACUCUCUAAAACAACCUAAAUGAGCUCUUACUUUGUAAACUCGUUCUCGGGGCGCUACCCAAAUGGCCCCGACUAUCAACUGCUAAAUUAUGGAGCCAGCAGCGGCGCAAUGAACGGCGGGACGUACAGGGACUCUUCCUCCGCCACCAUGCACCAUGCGACGGGCUCUUACGGCUACGGCUACAAUGGCAUGGACCUGACGGUCACCAACCGAGGAGGGGGGAGCAGCAGCGCCUCCAACACCGGAGGACACUUCGGGGGCGGCUCGGUGGUCGGGGAGUCUCUUGGCUUCGGCUCCCCAGCAUCGGAGAGGAGCUACAGACAGCCGUCCAGUUGCUCUCUCGCCUCUGCGGCAGACUCCCUCCUGUCACCCGGUAAUGGAGACAACAAACUGGCCGCCCGGAGCUCGUCCCCCUGCUCGGAGCAACCAGGAAACGGUAAUCUCAGCUCCACAAACCUGUCCUCCACCUCCUCCGGCGGUGGUGGUGGCGGCGGUGGCACGACGAAGCGUUUCACGGAGCUGGACGACGCGUCGCCAGAGACCGAGGAGUUACAGCACAACCGGGACGCCGGCCACAGCAGCAACCCGCCUCCCAGGACCGGGCACCCGCAAGUCAUGCAGAAGCAGGAGGGCGGCCCGGCGGGAUCAGCCGCUGGCAGCACGACGGGCAGCGAGGCUCAGACACCACAGAUAUUCCCCUGGAUGAGAAAGCUGCACAUUAGCCAUGAUAUGACUGGCCCGGACGGGAAACGGGCGAGGACAGCCUACACGCGCUACCAGACGCUCGAGCUCGAGAAGGAGUUCCACUUCAACCGGUACCUCACGCGGCGGCGGCGGAUCGAGAUCGCGCACGCGCUCUGCCUCACGGAGCGCCAGAUCAAAAUCUGGUUCCAGAACCGGAGGAUGAAGUGGAAGAAGGACAACAAACUGAAAAGCAUGAGCCUCGCCACCGCCGGCAGCGCCUUCCAGCCCUAGAUAUUAACCCGUUUAACAAAUCCCAUCUCUGUGUAAAGGUUUCUACCAUGUGCGGGCCACCCAGGAGGAAGGAGAGACACAAAAGCGUAAAGCGCAGAAAAAAAUAAAGAAAACUUGAAGAAAACCAUAGAAUAUACAGCUGAAAUGAGCAGAAACGGAGCGAAAGGAGACGGUGAUGAAGAAACAACAAACAGAUUCCAAAUCUAGAUUUAAAGAACACUUCCUAUCAUCAACCGAGUACUGUACAGCAGCGCAGCACUUUUUAUUUGUUCGGCAUGUUGGUCUUUGGUGUUAAAAAAAAACAAAACAAACAAAAAAAAACACGAUGACUGUGGUACUUUCUCAUGUAAAAAACAAAAACCUAGUGUUCCUAUAUGUUGUUGUUGUUUUUUUAAGCAGCUGUCCCGAGGAGAGGCGAUAAGGACAGGAUGGAUAAUGCUACCUAACUACGUUUCUACCUAGGCCUACGUCCGCCCUUACAACCUUACUACCUACUUGUUGUUUAAUGUCUAAAUAUCGUUUCUUGCGUCCAGUGCGAUGUUUUGUAAUUGACAAAGUGCUUUCUAGAGAAGUUAGCAUGUGAGCUCUUAUUGUAAGUUAUUUACAGACAGUAACGCGUGUAUAGCCUUUCUAGUUUGAAUCCCCCGUCCUUUCUGUCUGUUACUGUCAUUCAGAUCUGCUCCCAUUUUUAUUGAGGAAGCAGGGAAGGUGUGUGUGUGUGAGUAUGUGUGUGUGUGUGUGUCCAAAAUCAAACUUGCCCUCCCUUGCGCCUCCGUAUAGAUCCACAUAAUGUUGUGCAUAGCGCUAUUAUUCAAAAAUGUAACUGUAUAUUAUUGUUAUUAUUAUUGUAAUUAUUGAAUCCAUGUUUCAGAAAAGAUGUAUAUAGAUAUAUAUGGACAUUUUUAAAUGUGACCAUUCGGCUAUUUGUAGUUGUUGUUGUGUGUGUGUGUGUGUGUGUGUGUGUGUGUGUGUGUGUGUGUGUGUGUGGUUUGAGAGUGUGUGUGUACGCAUGUAAGGGAAAUGGCUACCGUCCUGUGAGGCCUGUAAGCUUUCUGCCAAUGAGCUUUUUGUAUUUGUUUGUAACUCGGAGUAAGAAAAAAAAACAAUAAAGUUCUCCAUACUCAUCAAAACCAGACAGACGUGAAGAGCUGCUGUUGGUGAUGUACCAAAUUGACGCACAAAUGGCCUAACCGGGCUUGAAAAUCAUGACAUUUACGCCAGCCAAAAGCUUUAUAGGUCUUCAGCAUGUGCUGCAGCGGCUUCCUUGGCCGGGAACUGCUCAAGACAAAUCAAUCGGGAAUAUUUGUGCUUGAUGCUGCUAGAAAUUUAUUGUGAAUCAUGUAUUUCAUAUGUGUCUCGGGAUGACAUCAUCUGUCAGCUGCCAAACUCAGAGCUCAGUGUGUCAUUUGGUCUAUUUGAGAAUUUGAUGCGGAUUAAGCCGUCUGUGGUUCUAGUCUAACUUUGCGACCAAUCCAAGUCCAGUUCUAGCAGAGCAUUCUUAUGUACUUCUACGCAGUUCCGUCCUUCACCACAUUCUACCUAUUUGAAUACGGCUUUCAGAGCCUUGAAUGUAGUUUUAACAGUUGUCCUUUCAUUUCAGUUCUACCAAGUGACUGAAGAUUCUUUUUAAAAAAAGAUCAGCAUUGCGCGUGAAGUGGCACCAGACCUAACAGGCCUGUGUUCUGUUUUCCAGGCCGCACUGUACGCCACAUUUCUAAGGCCACAACCUCCUGGACAUCAGCAGCAUCAAAGCACCAUGCUCAACAAUCAAGAAACAUGCUACAUUACGCGUACACACACACACAUAUAUACACACAGAGACGAGACACGCACAGGGCAAUUCUCAUCUCUGCAGACCGAGUCUGACAGGACAACAAACUACCGGCGGUGGACAAAUUGCUCACUUUUCUCUAAACAGUCUCCCUUUUUCCGUCCUAACGGAGGCCACUCCCGGCCAAAUUAGGUUACCCUCUCCUGGUUUCCAACCGUAAACAGCCAACUGAACUUUUAAACUCACCGACUGAUGCUGCUGCAGCUUCCUUGCUCAUACACGCGCUUGUGUGUGUUUGUGUGUGGACACGAGGUCCUGCUCCGAGCCUCAUCUGGACACAACCGCUAUCUCCUGCCUCCUGUGUGUGCAUGUGUGUUGAGAUAUUUUUUUAAAGUGAGACCCCCUUCUGCUUUGGGCCAAACUAUAAAAAAGAAGGCAGCUUUGACAUUUACAUGUCAAACGGAUGAGGGUUUUUAUCUCCAAGUUGGAUCGUAAAGAUCAGGCCUGGCCUCAGACUGAUACCUCUCACUGGCUCUCCUCUGGUCACGUGGGGUCCAUAAAGUUAGUUUUAUGGUUUUGGGGAGUUGACAAUGUACUAUAUAUUUCACAUUCUAGAAAGCAAGUGACGGUUUAACGGCUUCGCGGGGAUCCUAAAGGGGUCAGUAAUGUAGAGACAGAGCGAGAGAGGGAGGGAAUGU